GGGUAAUUUAAUCAUGGCUGACAACGAUGUGUUUCGUGAUGAGAGCGGGAAGCAUGUUGCUUUCAAGGAAGUACCGCGUUUUCACGCUCUCUAUGCGUACCAUACGAACAGACCCGAUAGACACAGACAUGCUUCCAAUGUCAGUGACACUGUCACGGACAAUGGAGCCGCAUGCUCAGACCCGAGUUCCCAACCAACAGUGCUAGAUUUUCUGCAGCAGGAGGAGGUGACUAACAGAGAUUUCAGCCUAUCUGUCUUGGCCACAGACCUGACGGCAGACAACGAAACAGAUCUGCGUGGCUUCCUUGCAAAGCGAUUUUCAAGGGGCACCGUGUAUUCCGGAACUGGCAACGUAGCAGCUCUUGACUUCAGUAUUUCUGAAGAUUCUGACUCCCCAGUUGUCUGCUACUUUUGCCUUCUCCGUCCAUCACAUUGUGCUUCUUCCCAGUUGGAAACUGAUCAUGAAGGGACUGUAUGCUCUCAGGAAUAUAUUGCAUGUUUUAUAACGAAUGAGACAGGAGUGCUAGAUUACUACCGUGAUGAGCUAGGAGAACAUUGUAAGAUGCUGCUACCCAUGUUAGAAGCAGAGUCCAUGGAUUUGCCCCAAAUACAGGAGCACUUGUCUGAGUGGUACAAUGCGUCUGUGAUGUUUGCAUCUCGUUGUGUAGAAAAGCUAAAGGAUGGUGUGGCUUAUCUCAUUCACAUGGCAUUAUUAGGUUUGAAGCUGGAGAUAGAUGGAGACGAUGAUAAGUUUAAAAGUGACGUUAAAAAGUUCAUAAAGUGUUGCAGUCUCUCGGAAUUAAUCCAGCACAAAAGUCCGUCUUCCGAGGCGCGCGGUUCUCCCGAGGUGCCACCUGGGGGUAGUCUGCUGCCGGCGUCGAUGGAUGGCGACGGGGAGAGAACCGUGUGGCUGAGCGUCCGUGACGACGCCGCCGAGUUUAGCUCAACAGAGUGCAAUAGUUUUUGCCAAAAGUGGGCCGAAGCUCUUUUGAAAAGCCCGUCGGGAGGUGCUGUGCAUGUCAGGGAAGUGAUUGAAAGCUACAAACUCAAGACGAUACAGAACAUGAAUAUUGUAAAGCGGCUCAUAAGGCAGGCAGAAAAUGACCAUUAUGCAUUGUACAGGUGCUUCAUAUUUCUGCAGCAGAGUGGCAACCAUGACAUUCUGCUGGAGAUGGUGAGGUCCGAGCAGCAGUUCACCUCGUCUGUCGAUGCAAAGAAUGUCGUCAGCAUCUUGGGAGAGUUCUUGCAAGCCGUGGUGGCCUGAUGUAUAUACGUGUACACAUUUAUAUAUGCCUGCGCGAAGUGAUAAAGUCAGGAAGCUAUAAAUCGGUUCGGCUUUGGCCAAAUGUGGAGCUGGGGGAAUUUUUUCAAGGAAGUAGGGAUGCAUUCUGAUGCUUUUCUGACCACAAAUCUUAAAUUGCCAGUAUUCUAUUAUUUUUAUUUGUCUGAUUUAAUUUGAAGACGUUUUUAUGUUUUUUAAAGCAUUCCCCAAACUUGAGUUUCUUCUCUCUCUUGUCUCUUGUAAGUUUCUUGUACUUGUAUUUAAGUGCUUCAAAAUAGGGAUGGAAGAGGAAGACCAAAACAAUGAAAUGACUAAUUGCAAAGUUAGUUAUUGUAAAUAUUUAGUUAAUUGUGUUGUUAUUCACAUUUGUUGGUCAAGUAGGUUUGUGGUUUGUCAUACUGUGCAUGUCGUUGAACAGGUAUUGGUAACUAAUUAUGUAUUAAAAUUAAAUCUAUUUAAUGAA